AUGGAAUCUAUUGUUAUAACUAGUCAUCGUAAAUCUUUUUCUACUGACAAUGUAAAUGAUGGAAGUGAUUUAAAAUCACCAAAACCAUCUUCUAAUAAUGGUUCAUUAGUAGGUACUGAUGAAUCUCCAAGACUACUGUCUCCAAGAGAUCCUACACACCAUCAUCAUAUUAUGAAUGAUAAAACAAAAGCCCUCAUUACUUUUCUUGAAAAAACAAAAAGACCAUCACAGCGAGUAACAACAAGUUAUGCUAUGGUAAUGGCAGCAAAACGUAGAGCUUUAUUAACAAAUUGUAAUAAAAGAUAUGGUAAAAAAACAGAAAUUUUAGAGAGUUGUAGAAGAUCAACUAUUGGUUUUAGUGAUGAUCUUAUACAACAAAAUCUUCAAACGUCUCUCAAUGCAUUGAAACAAACAGAAGAAAUUAUGAAAGAAAAAAUAUUUGAAAUGAAUCAAUUCUUUAGUGAACUGAGUCCUAAAAAAUUAUUACGAAUGUAUGAUACGGUUGCAAGUUCAAUUACACAAGAAUCACUUAAUGCUGUUGUUGAUUAUUCAUAUGAUGACUCUAAACCUAAACAAAAGAAAAUUACAUUACGUUCAAAUUUUUUUGUAAUAAGUUCUAUAAACAGUCAAUAUAAAGAAGUUAUUUAUUUAAAUAAUCCAUCAGUUUUAAAAGAAGGUGAAACUACAUUAAUCAUUAAUGGACUAACAAAAGUUAAAUUCAAUUCUAAUGAAUUAUGUGAUAAAUGGGAACACGAAUUAAAUAAUCUUUCAAUUUGGGUAGAGAGUAUUCCUAGAACAGUUAUCAAUGAAGAAAAUUCAUCUUCUAAUAUUGUUGGAUUAGAUAAAGUUGAUAUUAUUCCAAGUCCACGUGUUAGACCAUCAUUAAGUCAAAUUAAAGAAAAUGAAACAUCCAACACAUCAAAUCACGUUAGAUCAUCAUUACCAGGAAAUCCUGAAGAAAUGAAGAGACACACUAAAAAACGAUCAAUUUUUGGUAGAAAAGAUAAAGAAGAAAAAGAAAAAAAGGAAGAAAGCAAGAAUGAAAAAGUGGCUUUCUUUGGAAUCACUUUGGAAGAUUAUAGUAAUAAAUUUAAAACUCAAACAAUUCCACCUCCCAUUAAGGAAUUGAUUCAAUACCUUUAUGUUAAUGGUUCAAAUACUGAAGGAAUAUUCCGUAUUUGUGGGAAUCAAGACACCAUUCAAAAGAUUAAAACUAAACUUGAAUAUAAUGAAACAAAUUUCUUUAGUUUAUUUGAUAUUUAUUCAUUAGCAAGUACACUUAAACAAUACAUUAGAGAAUUUCCUACUCAAGUUAUCUCACCAGAUAUAGAUCGAGAAUUUCUUGAUUUAUAUAAACGAAAAAGUGAAAUGGCUGAUGACCAGAUACUUGAAGAAUAUCUUAGAAUAUUUGAGAAAUUACCUCCAAUCAUUAAAGAUUUCAUUGAAAAUUUAACUAAAUUGUUAAGUCAAGUUCUUCAACACGCAAAUACUAAUAAAAUGAAUUUAGCAAAUAUUUUUAUUUGUCUAGGACCUGCACUUAGAGGAUGUCCUUUCUGUUAUAACUAUGCCACAGUCCAUCAUUCUGAAAUUUUUGGUUCAACAAAACAGGAAGAAGAAACAAAAGAAUCUAUAAAAGAAGAGGAAGAAAAUAAUAAUUUCACUUCCUCAAUAAUACAAAAACAAAAGGGAAACACUUAA